UAGCUCAAAUUCCAAGCAUGGACAUGCACACAAUUCGCUGGUAUUUGCUUGGCGAAGGAGAUAAGAUUAGCACAGACAAGCUUAAUACUUUUUCUUCUAAUUUAGCAGAGGAGAUGCAAUCCAAGGCAAGCGGUUUUACAGUGAGCAAGAAAGAGGAGAAAAAGUCAUCUGAAAAUGGUGAGAAAAGACCUAAUUCGUCUGGGUACAGGGGAGUGAGAGAGCGGCCAUGGGGAAAAUUUGCAGCGGAAAUACGAGAUCCCGCUAAAAAGGGCGCACGAGUUUGGUUGGGCACCUUCAAUACGGCUGAAGACGCAGCGCUCGCAUAUGACCGUGCUGCCUUCAGGAUCCGAGGAUCCAGAGCCCUGCUCAACUUUCCUCUCUACUUUGCCAACUCCAGUCAUUCGUCACAGACUAUAACCGAUUUGGGUCGAGGUCAUAUAGAGAGCGGUUGUACCUCCAAAAAGAGAGGGAGAGAAGAGCUGGAAGCAGUGACAGUUAAGCUGCCUCCUCCUUCAACUUGUUCUCCCAUUUCACAGUUUGGUAAAGAUGUUACAAGUUUUCCUAUGCUUUGAGGAAACUGG